AUGGUGAAGAAGGGCAAAGCGAAGGCCGAGACGUCUUCACAGGCGGCGGGACCGGCUGGAAAUAAUGGAACCAAGGGCAAAAAGGGACAGAAAACCGAAGCACCUGCAGCGCCUGUGCCGGCAGCUGUGCCACCCAAGCCAACGGUCAAACAGAUAAUCGGAGGCUCAUCAUGGACUGGCAAGCUCCCGGUCAACCUUUUGAGCGAAUACUGCCAAAAACAGCGGUGGGAGAAACCAGACUACGACACCAGGAAGACGCCUGAAGGAUUUUCAGUCUGGGUAACGUUGAGCGCCAAGGAUCCAAAGACUCAGCAAAUGACACGGUUGGAGGCUUUCAAGAUUCCCCUUAGCCACAAGCACCUGAUUCUACGAGAUACCGCCCUUGAAGCAAAGCAUGCUGCGGCGACGUAUGCGUUGUUUAGAGUUUGCAGCAUGCAGAACAAGCAUACAGUGCUGCCACCAGACCACAAAUCUUUGUGGAAGGAGUUUCAGGCACUGAAAGUGCAGGACUUGAAGGAUGGGAAGGCGUGGAUGUAUGAAGCCGAUCCGUUCAAGGCACUUCAGGAAAGACAGGAGGCCAAGGCUGCGGCCGACAAGAAACGAAAGGAGCUCGAGCAAGCCAAGGCGAAGGCCAAGGCGAUGCCCGGUGCGUCGGGCUUAGUGCUGUUGAGCAAUUCGGGUAAUGAUAAAGGCGCUUCAUUCAAUCCAAUGAAGGGUUGGACUACGGCACCAAAGGUUGAGAUGGGCAGGCAGACUAGGGUGCAGCUGGAAGGACUCCUUCGAAAUGGAAUUUCCUGGAAUCCGCAUGGCGUGAGGAUGCAACAAAGCCAGAAAGACACACUGGUUAAUGAACUCAGUAAAUUGGGAUUCAGACGGAGUCAUAUUGUCGAGGCGGUAGGGUACUGCAAAGAUCGGGAGGAAACUCUGGAAUGGCUAUUGAUCCAUGUGCCUGAAGAUGAUCUACCACGUUGGGCUUUGCCUGAGAGUUACUCUGCGGGUGUUUCUAUCGGAUCUACCAACUUAAAACGAGAGGGUAUUAUCAAAUCUUUGUCGGAAACGGGGUACUCUGUUGAGUUGUGUACCAGAAUCCUCGAUGACAAUCACGGAGAUGAGAGCAAAGCUGCCGAGGCCUUGCAACACAUUCUACUCUCUUCCAGCUCUACUAGCGGUGCAACGAAUGGUGACGAUGAUGACGGUUUUCUUGACCUGGGUUCACCGGAAGAGCAAUGGGAAGACGAAGUGGCCAGUUUGGAAGCCAUGUAUGGUGAAAAUUUUCGCCGCGAAUCUAGUGAACUGAUUCAACUGAAGCUUGAAUCUGUCAAAAAUGCUCAGAGUGGCGAAAAAGGCGAAGUUGAGACGUAUCUGCAAGUCAGAAGACCGUCUAGCUAUCCGAAGCACCUCAUAAUAGCGAUUAUGGCAAAGCUGCCGUCGUAUAUCAAGCUCAGCAUUGUUAGACAAGCCUUGGCGUACAUGGAGGAGACUUUACGGGAUGAGCCUAUGAAAAUCUAUCUUGUUAUGGACUGGAUUCAACAGAAUAUCAAUGGCAUCAUCGAUAACCCUGGAAAUUUGGUUGAUAUUUCAGCCGUUUCAUCAGCAGCUUCGGAGAACCGACCCCGGGUACAAGGUGGCCGAGCAAAGAGGGCUCGGAAUACUCGUCCUAUCAACUGGGUUCCGGAUCCCAAUAGUAAGGAGAAGUGGCUUAGGCGCCAGGAGAGCUCCGCCUGGACAGAUAUGUUGUCGAAACGACAGAAGCUUCCUGCCUGGCAGAUGCGCGAACGUAUUGUUAAGGCGGUCAAUGAGAAUCAUGUGACCAUUAUAAGUGGUGAGACUGGUUCUGGUAAAUCUACGCAAUCUGUGCAGUUUAUUCUGGACGAUCUUUACGGCAAAGGACUGGGAACAUGUGCCAAUAUGAUUGUUACGCAACCGCGUCGAAUUUCAGCCCUGGGUCUUGCGGAUCGUGUGGCAGAAGAACGUUGCUCAAGAGUCGGAGAGGAAGUUGGUUACGCCAUUCGAGGAGAAUCUCGGCAAUCCAAGGACACCAGGAUCACGUUUGUGACGGCUGGUGUGUUGCUGCGACGACUGCAAACGUCUGGUGGGCGGGUGGAAGAUGUGGUUGCAUCGUUGGCCGAUGUCAGCCAUGUUAUCAUUGACGAAGUUCACGAGCGGAGUCUUGAUACCGACUUUUUACUCAACUUGAUCCGUGACGUGAUGAAGAGCAAGAAGGACAUGCUGAAGCUUAUUCUCAUGUCUGCUACACUUGAUGCAGCUACAUUUAUGAACUACUUUGCUUCGGAAGGAUUGAAUGUCGGAUGCGUUGAAAUUGCAGGCAGAACAUUCCCAGUGGAUGAGUAUUAUCUGGACGAUGUCAUACGAAUGACAGGAUUCAGUGCUGAAACACCAGACACGGGCUUUAUCACGGAUGAGUCCAUGGGCAAAAUUAUCCAGAAGCUUGGCCACAGGAUCAACUACAACCUGAUAGUGGAGGCUGUCAAAGCCAUUGACUAUGAACUGUCCUACGAAAAGAAGUCGGGCGGUAUAUUGAUCUUCCUUCCUGGUGUUGGUGAGAUUAAUCACGCCUGCAAUCAUUUGCGAUCCAUCAACUCGCUGCAUGUUUUACCCUUGCACGCGUCUCUGGAGACGAGGGAGCAAAAGAGAGUCUUUUCCAAAUCACCGCCAGGAAAACGAAAAGUUGUGGUAGCCACGAAUGUGGCGGAAACGUCCAUCACCAUCGAUGAUAUUGUUGCCGUUAUUGAUAGCGGUAAAGUCAAAGAGACUAGCUUUGACUCCCAAAACAACAUGAGGAAGCUUGAGGAAACUUGGGCGUCACGGGCGGCUUGCAAGCAACGCCGUGGACGUGCUGGUCGUGUUCAGGAAGGCAGAUGCUACAAGCUGUACACGGAGAACCUGGAACGACAAAUGGCUGAGCGACCUGAACCUGAAAUCAGGCGUGUGCCACUGGAGCAGCUCUGUCUUUCUGUCCGGGCCAUGGGAAUGCGUGAUGUUGCCAGGUUUCUGGGACGAUCACCAACUCCUCCAGACGCGCAAGCCAUCGAGGGUGCCAUCAAAAUGCUGAGGCGCAUGGGUGCGUUGGACGGGGACGAGCUCACUGCCAUGGGACAGCAGCUUGCCAUGUUGCCGGCCGAUCUCCGAUGCGGCAAGUUGAUGGUGUUUGGAGCUAUUUUCGGCUGCUUGGACGAUUGCGUCACGAUUGCGGCGAUUCUCAGUACCAGAAGCCCAUUUAUGUCGCCGCAAGAGAAACGAGAAGAGUCAAGACAAGCACGUAUGCAAUUCUUCAGCGGCAACGGCGAUCUGAUUACCGACCUGGAGGGGUUCCAAGCGUGGGAUGCCUUGAUGAAAGACCGAGUGCCCCAGAGACAAGUGAGGUCAUUUUGCGAUGAGAAUUUCCUGUCGUACCAAACGCUCUCCGAUAUUUCAAACACCAGGUCACAGUAUUACGAAGCAUUGACUGAGAUUGGAAUUGCCCUCCGAUCCAGAGGCCCCGAAGUGACCCCAAAUGCAACCCGAAAUGUGCAACUAAUACGUGCCUUGAUCGCCUCCGCAUUUACACCUCAAAUCGCCAGGAUACAAUAUCCCGAUAAAAAGUACGCCAGCUCCAUGUCCGGCGCAAUGGAGCUUGACCCCGAGGCGCGGUCGAUCAAGUAUUUUAACCAAGAGAACGGGAGGGUGUUUGUGCAUCCAAGCAGCACCGUGUUUGACAGCCAAGGGUUCUCAGGAAACGCAGCGUACAUGUCGUACUUUAGUAUCAUUUCCACCAGCAAGAUCUUUAUCCGAGACCUGACCCCAUUUAAUGUGUUUACGCUGUUGUUAUUCUCGGGGCCGAUAGAGCUGGAUACCUUGGGCCGUGGACUGCUGGUAGAUGGAUGGCUGAGACUUCGUGGAUGGGCACGCAUUGGCGUCUUGGUGGCUAGAUUGAGGGGGAUGGUGGAUGACUUGAUUGCGCAAAAGGUUGAGAAUCCGGGGUUGGACUUGGGUAAUGAUAAGGUUAUUAGGUUGGUGAUAAAGCUGAUAGAGUUGAAUGGGCUGGAUGCAUAG